AUGGCUGCUCCAUAUCCAAUUAAUUAUCCUCCUAUCAUUAAUGAUCAAGGACAACCACCUAACAAUUUUUAUAUUCCACCAGCUCCUAAUUAUUAUGAUGAUCGUCCAUACACUCCAGAUUCAAUGACGGAUCGUACAUCACAAUAUACACAUGAUUCAGGCUCUGAAAGUGAUUCGUAUUCGACAGAUGAUUAUCCUCAUCAUCAAUCUGGUGACAACACACUACGAACAUUAAAAAUUCGUCGACAUCUUCCUGGUAGUAGUGAUCCAUUAUUACAAAAAAUUCCACCUAAUGUAGAGCCAGCAGAUAAUAAAUUUUCAUCAUCACCGGUACAUGUUACUAUUAAACGACAUCCAAUUGAACCUAAACAAAAUUUAAUUCAACCUGUUCUCUAUCCUGUUCCUGUUUAUGUUCAACCUCCUGUUCCACAAAAUUUUAAUAAUCCACCAAUUCAAAUAAUUCAACCGGUUCUACCCAUUCAACCUACUUUACCCAUUCAACCUGUUCAAUCAAUUGAACAAAUAAAAGAAACUGCAAAACCACCUUCACCAAAAAAACCUACAACACCUAUUAAAACGUCACCUAAUCCUUCAAUAUCAUCAGAUCGAUAUGAAACAGAAUCAUUUCAUUUACCAUCAUCACGAAGUAAAAAAAGCAAUAUAACACCUCGUAAACCUAUUCGUACUGAUAUGAUAACACCAAGACCAUCUAAUAUUAAGCCACAAAGAAUUCAACCUGGUGAAGUUAUUGUUGAAAAACAUGAUAAUUAUGAUGAAUAUUAUCAAUUGCCAAAUUCUUAUACUAUUCCUAAAAAAGUUAUUUCAUAUCGAAAAGCACCUGGUCUAACAACAAGAGAAAUAGAAAAUAAUGAAAUAGGCGCAACAAGAGAGUCUGUUUAUCUACGAUCACCAAAAAAUCAAACUGUUACAUAUAGAAAGUGA